CAACAGAUGAAGAUGCACGAUGGCUGGAUUCAGAUGCAUUCAAGUGUUUUUAUUUGUGAUUCUUCUGCUGGAGUUUACAGCAGCAGCAAAUGGAGACGUGUUGUACAUUUAUGGUAGAGAUGGAGAUGGAGUCACUUUGCCUUGUACCAGUGUGAGAGAUGAUCAGAAUCAAUGUAAUGGGACGAGCUGGACCAUCAAUGAAAACAUAACCAGAAAUGCAACAGAGCUGAUUAGACUUGGGAAGAUCACUGAGUAUGCCCAGGAUAAAUCAGACAGACUGAAUAUCACAGAAGACUGUUCUCUGGUUUUGAACAAGGUCAAAGACGAGGAUGUAGGUCUUUACUUCUGUCGACAGUACGAUGAGUCAGGACAUGAACGUGGACAUCGCUCUGCGGUUUAUCUGUCAGUUGUUUCCUUGACUGAACGUCAGGACGGUGAUGAUGUGACGUUUAUCUGCUCUGUGUGGAUAUAUGGACAUUGUAUUAGUCAAGUGACCUGGAUGUUUAAUGAUGCUGAAGUAGAAAAAGAUCACCCAGAUAUGACAAUAUCAAAUUCUUCCUGCAGUGCAAAUGUUACUUUUAACAGAAGAAAAUACUUCUACACAAAGAAAGCUCGGAUGUUUAAAUGUAGAGUGCGUCUCGGUAAUAAAAUCGAGGAGUUUUCCUUCAGACAUUCGUCAUCUGAAGAGCAACCAGAUACUUGGUAUUUGUUGAGAAACGUCAUUGGGAGUGUGGGUUUAGCAGCACUCUUAAUAUCUGUGGUUACAGUCAACAUCUGGACCAGAACUAAAGGGAACAAAACACGGACGAGGAGAAACACUGUCCAUAAGGAUGAAGGUGAAGCUGAUGGUACAGUUCAUUAUGAAAACCUUGGAGAACCUUCUGUCUCUGUCAGAUUCCACUGAUCAGUGUCAGCAAGAUGACCCCACGCUUGAAUAUUGUUGGUUUUAUUAUUUACUAUAUGUUAAAUCAUGCAUGUUUUUGAGGCCAAGCAUUUCUACUUUAAGCACAAACUUGUAAGUUCUAAUUUCAUUCGAUGGGGAAAACAUUUGCUGAGUUUUGUCAAAUGUCUUGUCUGGUUGUAACAGUUGUAAGAAUGUUUUGUUUUUGUUUUUUUUCAGUUAAAAUGAAUUUCAUAUGUAGAGUGCUGAAGUUUUGUCCUUUCUCAUUACACCCCCAUGCGACUUUAUUUCAGAAAAAACAACAUAUUACAGUCAAAGGCAAGAGACAAGUCAUUUUUCUAUCUUGUUUGUAUUGUGCAGUUAUUAAAACACUGUUUCACAUUAUUACAUGUAACAGUGUAAAUGAAUAUGUAUUUACACAACAUUAAAGCAAGUGAAUGAAAAAAUGACGCUGUGAAUUUAUAUUUUCCUUAGUUUCUGAGGUACAUUUUCCAUCAUGUAAUUUAUCCUCGUACAAUAAAAAUGACUGA